AUGCGUAAGGAAGUGAACACCGAAGAAAAGCUACGAAUUGGUAAGGAAAACAAGAACCAGAAGAAACAUCUAGGUGACGACGACGAAUUGCCUGGUGAACCAGAUCCAGAUACAAUCUUUAAAAUGGAUGAAAUAGGGAAUUUCGAACCAAAAGAGAUACAGUGGCAGCCAGGAAAUUAUGGGGAAAUGGGUAAACCAGUCUUUGUAGAUAAAAAUUUACCAGAAGUAAAAAAAGCGAUGAGAGAAUACGGUUUCAACACUUACGUGAGCGACAUGAUUUCCUUGAAUAGAAGUAUACCUGAUGUAAGGUUGGAUGAAUGCAAAUAUUGGCAUUAUCCGGAAGAUUUACCCAGUGCAAGUGUUGUCAUUGCUUUUCAUAACGAAGGUUGGACACCACUGCUGCGUACUGUCCAUUCUGUUUUAUUACGUUCUCCAUCACAGCUGAUCAAAGAAAUCAUCCUGGUUGAUGAUUUUAGUGAUAAAGAGCAUCUAAAAGAUCGUUUGGAACGUUACCUGAAGCAAUUCCGUGGAAAAGUAAAGUUAAUUCGGAACGCUGAGCGCGAAGGACUUAUCCGUACGCGGAGUAUAGGAGCGAAGGAAGCAGUCGGUGACGUAGUUGUAUUUCUAGAUGCGCACUGUGAGGUAAACAUUAAUUGGUUACCUCCACUUCUGGCACCAAUACGUCAGAACAGAAAAGUUAUGACAGUACCAGUUAUAGAUGGCAUUGACAAGGAUGACUGGUCUUAUCGGAUAGUUUACAGCUCUGUGGAUAAGCAUUAUCGAGGUAUUUUCGAAUGGGGGCUUUUAUACAAAGAAACCGAGAUACCGGCUCAAGAAUUAUUACGAAGAAAGCACAGUAGUGAACCAUUCAGGUCUCCAACUCAUGCAGGUGGCUUAUUUGCCAUUAGUAAGAAAUGGUUCGAAGAACUAGGUUAUUAUGAUCCUGGAUUGCAAAUAUGGGGGGGCGAACAAUAUGAGCUUUCUUUCAAAAUCUGGCAAUGCGGAGGUGGGAUUUUGUUUAUACCGUGCUCGCAUGUUGGUCACGUGUACCGAUCACAUAUGCCUUAUGGUUUCGGAAAGCUCUCCGGAAAACCAGUUAUUUCAACUAAUAUGUUGCGUGUCAUAAAAACUUGGAUGGAUGAAUAUGAAAAGUACUAUUAUAUCCGGGAGCCAUCGGCAAAGCAUCGCUUACCGGGUGACAUAAGUUCACAGCUCAAACUUAGGGAAAGACUGAAGUGUAAAUCGUUUGAAUGGUAUAUGGAAAAAGUUGCUUACGAUGUUAUUGUGUCUUAUCCCCUUCCACCGGAAAAUCACGUUUGGGGCGAAGCAAAAAAUCACGCCACGGGAAAGUGUAUUGACACGAUAGGCCAAACUAUACCAGGUAUUGUUGGUGCAAUGCCCUGUCAUGGUUAUGGUGGGAAUCAGUUAAUUAGACUGAACAAGGAAGGACAACUUACACAGGGCGAAUGGUGUAUAACUCCUGUAGGUGGAAAUUUAGUUACAAAGUAUUGCGUAAAAGGAACAGUUGAUGGACCCUUUGCUUAUGAUGAAAAAAGCGAGCAAAUAAUGAUCGAUGACUUGUGCUUGACAGCAGCUAAAUCCAUGUCCAGUCCAACGUUAUCAAUGGAAAAAUGUGAUUCGGGAAAUCAGUGGCAGAAAUGGAAAUGGCAAGAAAUAUAUAUCGACUGA